UCAGACGUCAUCGCCCUGCCAUCAACAGGAGCUCAAGUGUGCGCGACGACCCUCUUCUCGAUGCGAGUCGCUCGUGUCGGAGUCGUGACGUUGAGAGUCAUCGUACGUCAUCGACUCCAGCGACUUGCAUCCUUACAUCGAGGAGAGAGUCGCCUUCGACUCUCAAGCACCUCCUGUCCCUUCUUUCGACCUCUGAUGUGGAUUCCUCGAAUUUUAGAACGGGAGUCACUGCAGGGUGCGGGGCAAUGAGCAAUGACAUCGCGAGAGCCUCACCAGGGUAUCUUCGCCCAGCAAGAGCGGUCGACUCUCGAGUUGCUCGAGUCCAAUAAACGAACGCACCCAAUUUUGCAAUGUUGCCGGGCAGUGUGCUACCAUGGUUUGACCCGCAGACACUGAGAAAAUGACUCCGAGCGGAUACGCUGCCAUGGAAGUUGCUCCGUGUUUAACCACGCUUAUACCAGACGUCUCAACAAAAGACGAGCUGCUGCUGAAGCCGUUCAGUUAUGGUUUCACGCGGGAGUUGGUGCUUCGCGCUUCCAGGGAGGGAAGCAAGAAGGGAGCAGAUGCCUAUUAUUACAAGGACGGACACAAAAUGAGAUCCAAACCGGAUGUCAUCUCAUACUUGAAGAAAAACACGGACAUCCCACUGAGCGGCGACAAUUUCACCUUCUGUAAAUGGAGUAUAUCUAAGCCCCCUCAUGAGGUUGUCAGACAGGCAAAGCCAGCCCACAUGGCUCGCCAGUCCCCAGAAAAAGUACAAGACAUGAUGUCCCUGGACGGUAAGCGACGUCAGCGCUCCCAGUGCCGGAUGUGCGACGAGAGCGGUCCCUCCUGCGCCCAACAUGUUACCAAGAAAUUAAGGCUUAAAAAAGAUGUCAUUCCAGACGUAACUUCCUACGACGCUUCAGGCGGUAAGAAACUGCAAGGAACGACGUGCAGUUCCCCAUCCAACCAAGACUCAAAUCUCAAAGGACGUUUUCGAGUUACAUACUCCAGGAUAAAGUCGGGAGAAGCCCGUCCGUAUCCUGAUCUCAGGAAAGACGUUUCUGGAACAUCUCCGACCAGUGUUGCUCAAAGCAGGACAGGGGCAUCAGUAGAGCUGUGCAACCUGCAUUGCCCACAGGCAAAGGAUCAACUGCCAACCCUGCAGUGUGAGAAGUGCCUGUGCCUCUUCCAUCCAGUCUGCGUGAAGGCCUUCGCUAAUCUCGGCAAACGCUUCAUCUGCUGGGCAUGCCAGAAAAAAGGAGUUCCACCACUGGAAGCAUUGAAAGACUCGCCUCCAAAGAUCACUCGAGCUAUAGCCCCUAAGGAGCCAAAGACGUACAUCAGGGUACGAACAUUGUCAGGGGCAACGGGGUCAAGUACUGCGCCACAACAGCAGAGGCUCAUUCAAGUACGCAACACAGACUCUGCUGUUGCCAUGCUCUUGUCGGUGAUCAACAAAAUGAAAGACGGUGGUGCCAUGUCGUCGCCCAGGACGGUCACUUCGGCAAACUUGACGGACGCGCGAGUUGUAGUUGUCAAGUCGUGCGCCGGAUCAGUUCAAACAGGCAGCUUGAGCAACGCGAUGUCCACUGCCUUAUGUCUUCAGCCAAGAGUGGUUCUCAAGAGCCCAGAAGCCAGAAAAAGUCAGCCAGCACAUACCGGCUUCUCCCCAAAAGUAGAAACUGUGGAGGAAGGUUCGUGUAAUCUCGGUGACAGAAAUUCUGACAAAGAUCGUUUGACGAUAGAUGAAGGCGAGUUGUCGCCUGUCAGAGAUUCCCCAACGAUUGAAAACUCGCUCACGAAAGGCUUAUCACCGUUGCCCAGUACUUGUACCUCAAUGCGCUUGAGCGGUGCAGACAAUUCUUCGGCAACAACUAGUGCCAGAGAACAGCCGCAAGUACCCCACGGUUUGCCAACAUUAGGACAACACGUACAAGGUGAAGUCUGCAGCGAAAAUGGAGAUUUGGAACCCAGUGGCAAGUCCAAAGGUGAAGCGGAGCCACACGAAACGGAACAUCAGGUGGGGACAGAAACCACUUCGGAAACCAAGUUGCCGCAGAUCCAUUUUCCCCACAUUUGCCAAAUGAAGAGUGUGACAUCGCGAGUGACAGUGACUCAUAAUGCGGAACAUGAAUGGCCACGAGGGAACGGCAACAACAGUGAAGAGAAAAGGGGAAAGGUUUACGCCGUCUUGCCCGGUAACAGGAGAGUUAAUUUAAGAAAAGAAGCAACAGUCAUCGUAAAGCAAGAAGGAGAAACGACAGCGAGGCUGCACCAAGCGACGAUGGAAAGCUUGACAUCUGCGUACAGUGUGCUCAAUCGAGUCUUUAGGUUCCUGUCAGUGCCCUCACUCUGCAGGGCGGCUCAAGUCUGUACCACGUGGAACUCCUUGGCACAGCAGACACAUCUGUGGGAACGAGUGAAUCUUGUUGGGAUAGCCAUCAAGGAUUGGGACCGUUGCACUACUACCCUGUGCAGGAUGUGGACUCACACCUUGGUAGUCGAAGGGAGCAUGUGGCAGAGCUUGGCUGCGCACGUUCAACGCCUCAACGCGGUACACAACCUUAGGGUGAGGGAUGCCACAGUUUCGGACCUCCUCGUCUGGGCCAACCUGUUUCAGCAGGUGACCUCAUUUCGGGCGUCCGUAUCCAACCCUCUAAGAAAAAGAAGCCCCACAGAAUUGGGUCUGGAAGGCUUUGGACGCCUGACUGGGUUGCAAGACCUCGUCCUACACAGCCCACAGGGACUGCGACUCCUGCAACCAGUCUUGUAUCCGGGCUUCCCCUUCUGCGGCAUCAGACGCUUGAGUUUAACUACAGUAGUGGGAGGAUGUCCAGUGGAGUGGUUCCUCUCUUCCAUGACAUUACUACAGGAGCUCGAGUUUGGAAGUUGCGUAUCUUGGACUUCCAAGUCCUUCCAGGCCAUUAGUGAACUGAGUCAGCUCCGGCAACUGACCCUCGUACAUGGCGCGAGUGUACACGGUUUGUCCAUUGCCCUGAGCAAGUUGAAAGGGUUGGAGAAGUUGCAGCUAAGGAAGUGGAUAUUCACAGAGAGCCUCGGUGCGUGUCUGGAGCAGCUACCGGAACUUGCAGAGCUGCAUCUCCUUCCAGAUAAGUGCUACGUUGAUGCCGAAAGCAACCUCAACGCUUUGCUCUCCUGCAUCACCUUGAAGACGUUGAAGAGUCUCACCUGGACAGUCUGUGGCCACAAUGACGAGAUAGAAUCCAUGCACUCAGUAUAUUCGCUCGUAGAUCAAGUCCGAAUUCCCUUUGGAAGAAAGUGCUGUGAUUGCCCCACGGUGUCUCCACCAGCUCUGUGCUGCCCCCUGUCGGAGAGGGUAAGCUUCGUUCUCGGAAGUCCAAAGAUCUCUCCAACAGAGCUGGCAGACGGACUCGGUCGAACUUUGACUUGUACAGAUGUUGUGGUGCAGGUCAAUUUAGCAUCAUAAAUAUGUGUCACAUCGGAGCUUCAUCUUAGUUACUUGACAUAGUUUUAUGGGCUGUCACGCGUGAGCAAAAUUGAACACAAUCUAUUGUACAUGCAGUUUAUGUGCACUGUAAAUCUUUUGUUAUCGAUAGCUAUAUUGUACUUUAUUUCAGAAAAAUGACACCUGUACCAAAGUUCA